AUGAGGUUCCCACGGAGCCUACUGCCCGUUAUUGGCGCAGUUUCCGCUCUGUUCACACUCGUUCAAGCGCGAUCUCAAGCGUCAGAGGCCAUCCGCCAGACUACGCCUAUCGAUAAUGCUCUGAUUCGUACCCAAAACCACCAAAUAGACCACCUAUCACAUUUCGAUCUUACCUUCGAGCUACACCGCGAUGGACAGCGGAUCAAGCUGGAGCUCGAGCCGAACAACGAUAUUCUCGCCGACGAUGCCUACGUCCAAUACAUUGGUGCCGAUGGUCUCUGGGAAGGCGAACCCAUUCAGCGACACGAACACAAAGUCUUUCGCGGUCGCGCCCUGAUCGGCUCGGGCAAGGGACGUUGGACUCCGGCAGGCUGGGCUCGGAUCACCGUAAGAAAGGACGGCCCCGAGCCACUGUUUGAGGGUGCAUUUAGUGUCGACCAUAACAAACACCAUAUCGAGCUGCAGUCGACAUAUCUCGCCAAAAAGCGCCCUAUCGAUACCGAUAUCGAGGACCGAAGCGGCGACUACAUGAUUGUCUACCGGGACAGCGAUAUGAUUCGACACCACACCGAACUCAAGCGGUCGCUGGAUGAUUCCACAGGUUGCUCGGCGCACAAGCUCGACUAUAAUGCUGAUUUGACCAACUCCAUCUUUCCCUUUGGUCUCGAUCAGUCGGAGGGUCAAUGGGGCGUUACCUCUUUGAAUUCUUUGUUUGGACUGAGUAAGCGCCAAUCCAACGAUGUGGGUGGAGUGUCUGGUAAUUCGGGUGGUGUGAAUUUGAAGAAUACGGUCGGCGAUACGUCGGGAUGCCCCAAGACCAAGAAGGUUGCUCUGAUUGGUGUUGCGACAGACUGUGAAAUGACCAACUAUUUCAAGUCCAACUCGACCCCGACGGCCGCGGCAAAGGAUUGGGUCAUUAACCUGGUCAAUACGGCAUCGAGUUUGUACGAAGAUUCGUUCAAUAUCUCUAUCGGGUUGCGCAACCUUACUGUGAAUGAUCAAUCUUGCCCCACGACUGCCACUUCGGCUCUCCCCUGGAAUAUUGGCUGCAGUGGUGGAAACAUCACUUGGCGAUUGAACGAAUUCUCCAAAUGGCGCUCUAGUAAUGCAGACAGCAACGCUUACUGGACGUUGAUGACCGGCUGCCCUACUGGCCAGGAGGUUGGCGUCUCCUGGAUGGGUCGUCUGUGCAGCUCCGACCUGGUCAGCUCGGGAGAGAAUUCAGUGUCGGGCGCAAACGUCGUGGUCGGCAAUCAAGGCUCUACAUGGCAGAUUUUCGCCCACGAGACCGGUCACACCUUUGGGGCAGUACACGAUUGCGAUUCAGAUACUUGUGCGCAAGACCUGCAAGACUCUUCCCAGUGCUGCCCACUAUCAGCAAGUACUUGCAAUGCGAAUGCCAAGUACAUCAUGAACCCGUACUCAGAGUCGAGCAUGACAAACUUUUCUCCAUGCACCGUCGGCAACAUCUGCUCUGCCAUUGGUCGCAAUAGUAUCAAGUCGACCUGUCUCUCGGACAAUCGCGGCGUCGUGACCAUUAGCGGCAGCAAGUGUGGCAAUGGCAUCGUCGAGGCUGGUGAAGACUGUGACUGUGGCGGCGAGGAAAACUGCGGCGACAAUGCUUGCUGUGAUGCCACGACAUGCAAGUACAAGAACAAUGCCGUUUGUGACGACUCCAACGACAACUGCUGCACUCAAUGCCAGUUUACACCCGCGAACACGGUCUGCCGUGCGAGUACGGGUGCCUGUGACAUUGCCGAGACCUGCUCUGGAAACUCCAGCGCAUGUCCUAGUGACAGUUACAAGGACGACGGAUCCUCGUGUGGAAGUGGCCUCACCUGUGCCAGCGGCCAGUGCACGAGUCGUGACUAUCAGUGUCGCACCGUAAUGGGCUCCCUCCUCAAUACAAAUGAUACCUGGGCUUGCGAAAAUACGAUAGACCCAUCCUGCAGCCUGGUUUGUGGUACACGCCACUCCCUCAUGGGAUAUCCCGCCGGUACCUGCAUUGAACUAUCCCAGAACUUCCUGGACGGUACCCCCUGCGACGCCGGUGGUAAAUGCUACAGCGGCCAGUGCAAGGGCUCGUCUGUGGGCGGCUGGAUUCGCGACCAUAAAAAUCUCGUUAUUGGCCUCUGCGUCGGUGUGGGCAGUCUUAUCGCCAUCUUCCUGCUGUACUGUCUCAUUAACCGAUGCCGUAUGGCCCGGGCAAGGCGUCGCAUGGCCAAGAAUAUCCGCCCUACACCUGUAAUGGGCCGUUAUGCCGGCCCAAUGCCUGGUCGAGGACCUCCUCCAGGACCUCCAGGACCUCCAGGACCUCCAGGACCACCUCCUGGACCACCUCCUGGACCUCCGCAUGGUCCGCCCAUGAACCAGUGGUAUGGCUAUCAAAACGCCGGCUAUCAAAACGCUGGAUAUCCCGACGUGCCUCCGCCUCGGUACGCUUAAUGACGAUUCAUUCUUUCCCGUACGUCUCUUUCUUUUAACUGUUGGUUUGGGUAUACUUGGGAUCUUGGUUCUUUCAUGCAUUGCGCGUGCUCUCGGUUACGGGUUACAUUCAUUGGGUUUUAAGCUUGAGGGUUGGCUUUGGGUUUAUAGUUUUGUUUCCUUCUUUCGGCGUCAAUAUUGGAAGUCAUCUGUGCAAAUGAAUCCGGUUGCUGCUUGGUAUAUACCAGGUGUAAACCUCUUGUCUGUUUCCUUAUCAAUGCUACUUUGCCUCUUCUUCUGUUUUCUGUAUCUGGAUUUCGAGAGGAAUGGACGCCGCUAUGGCUGAAUUCACCUGCUCGUACGAACUACAUCGUCCAUAGCACCUCAGAGAUUUCAUGCUCUCUGUUGUUCGCCCGUAGUCGAACGGUCGAAAAGAACAAUGGACGGUAUCUACA